CCUCCCAAACCCCAAACUUUAAUCCUCACAGCUUUGCUCUAAUCCCAUGGGGCCUGAUGCUCUUAUCUCUGCCUACAGGGAGACUGGCCCAGGAAGCACCCCUCAGCCCCUCUUCCCUCCAGGGCUUGUGAGGGACUGCUCCUCUCUAUAGCCCCACAUCCCUGUUCCCACCUACCCACCACCCCAGGCUGGGCCCAAGUCUCUCUGGAAGCCGCACACCUCCCUUCCUGCCCUCUCCCCACACCGUUGCCAGCUGAUUUCAUUUGCCUGACGUCGUCGUUGUCGUUGCCCUACCCUUCUCUGUCAGUGCUCCCCCUGACCCCCCCCCCCCCAGAGUUGGGGCCAGGCCAGGCCAGCUCCUCUGGCAGCAGAGCCGGGGCAGGUGACGGGUUGGCGUCGCAGCUGAGGGAGUGAGGAAGCGCCUGGAAACCUGGGAGAGGUCCAGUCAGAGUCCAAGAGCCGGAGCUACCCCUCAACCUAUCAGCCAUGGGGGAAAUGGAGCAGCUGAGGCAGGAAGCGGAGCAGCUCAAGAAGCAGAUUGCCGAUGCCCGGAAAGCCUGUGCUGACAUUACUCUGGCAGAGCUGGUGUCUGGCCUAGAGGUCGUGGGGAGAGUCCAGAUGCGGACAAGGCGGACAUUAAGGGGACACCUGGCCAAGAUCUAUGCCAUGCACUGGGCUACCGACUCCAAGCUGCUCGUAAGUGCCUCGCAAGACGGGAAGCUGAUCGUGUGGGACACCUAUACCACCAAUAAGGUGCAUGCCAUCCCCCUGCGCUCCUCCUGGGUUAUGACCUGUGCCUAUGCUCCGUCAGGGAACUUUGUGGCAUGUGGGGGGCUGGACAACAUGUGCUCCAUCUACAGCCUCAAAUCCCGUGAGGGCAAUGUCAAGGUCAGCCGGGAGCUGUCUGCUCACACAGGUUAUCUGUCUUGCUGCCGCUUCCUGGACGACAACAACAUUGUGACCAGCUCCGGGGACACCACUUGUGCUCUGUGGGACAUCGAGACUGGGCAGCAGAAGACUGUGUUUGUGGGACACACAGGGGACUGCAUGAGUCUGGCCGUCUCUCCUGACUUCAAACUCUUCAUUUCGGGGGCCUGUGAUGCCAGCGCCAAGCUCUGGGACGUGCGGGAGGGAACCUGUCGGCAGACAUUCACUGGCCAUGAGUCGGACAUCAACGCCAUCUGCUUCUUCCCCAAUGGAGAGGCCAUCUGCACAGGCUCAGACGACGCCUCCUGCCGCCUGUUUGACCUGCGGGCAGAUCAGGAGCUGACUGCCUACUCCCACGAGAGCAUCAUCUGUGGCAUCACAUCUGUGGCCUUUUCCCUCAGCGGCCGCCUGCUCUUUGCAGGCUAUGAUGACUUCAACUGCAACAUCUGGGACUCCAUGAAGGGCGAGCGUGUGGGCGUCCUCUCUGGCCACGACAACAGGGUCAGCUGCCUGGGGGUCACAGCUGACGGGAUGGCUGUGGCCACCGGCUCCUGGGACAGCUUCCUCAAAGUCUGGAACUAAGGAGGCUGGAGGAGGGGAGGUAAAAGGCCACGAAGACACUCAGCUGCCCCUCCCCUGCCCAAUUUUUUUCUAAGGUUUCUUUAAGUUUUCUCUUCUAUACCCUAGCUGCCAUUCCCACCCAGCUUUGUCCCUUGAGGGCGGUGGAGAAAAAUGGGGAGUCUGCCUUUGGGAGGCAUUAUCAGGGACACGGGGGCAAAGAACUGCCCCAUCUCCUCCCAUGGUCUCCCCUCUCCAUGGUCCUGCAGCUUCUCCCUUAAUAAGCAAGGACAACUGACCCCUCCCCAGCCCUUGGCAAGCCUAACAGGCUUCCAGUCUGAGGCCCCAGGCCCUAGAAUUCCUCCCCCCAGAGCCACUACCUUUAUCCAGAUCUGGGUGGCAGAGAGCACUCAGCCCUGUGACUAUGGCUCUGGCGCCACUAAGAUCCUGUCCCUUGUCUCCUUCAUGAUCUCUCCCUUUUCUACCUUCUUUAUUUCUCUCAUAAAGCACCUGCAAUAAAGUGUACAGGCCUGGGA